AUGGCGCCCAGCUUCGCACGCUCCAUCUCCUUCCCGCUCAGCCCCUCGAGGUCCAAGACGCCGGCGUACCACGCCCGCUCCAUCAGCCUCCCCUGCCGCUCCCACCCCAUCCUCGCCCACCUCCACACCCACAUCCGCGCCGUCCGCUCCUGGGCGCAGGACCCCACCUCCGUCGCCUCGGGACUCGCGCACGUCGACGCGCUCCACGCCGCGCUCGCCGAGCUCCUCCACCUGCCCGAGGCCCAGGCCGCGCUCUCCGCCGCCAACGACCGCCUCCUCGACGCCUUCCUCCGCCUCGCCGACGCCCACGGCAGCUUCCAGGAGACCGUCGUCGCGCUCAAGCAGGACGUCGCCGAGGCGCUCGCCGCCAUCCGCCGCCGCGACGGCGCGCGCCUCGCCUCCGCGGUGCGGUCGCAGCGCAAGGCCGGCAAGGAGCUGGCGCGCCUCGCGGUCGCGGCGAGGGAGGGCGCCAGCAGGCCAUCCCGCCUGGGGCUCGGCGGGAGCGCGGCGGAGGUGGAGGUGACCGGGCUCCUGAUGGAGUCGGCCGCGGUCACCGCGGCGGCGUCCGCGACGCUGUUCAACACCGUGGCGUCCAUGUCCGCGUCGGCCUCGGCGGCGGCGUGCUCUUGCCGGAAGACGGCGGCACUGGUGUGCCUGAUCAAGAAGACGUCAGCGACGUCGGAGGAGGAGAAGGAGACGGCGGUGCUGGUGGAGAGGCUGGAGGAGCUGGAGGAGUGCAUCGACGAGCUGGAGAAUGGCAGCGACAAGGUGUUCAGGAGCCUCGUGCAGACCAGGGUUGCGCUGCUCAACAUUCACACACACAUCUUCUAAUUAAUCACGGCGAUCCAUCGAUUCUAGUCAAUGCAAGUGCUGUAAAUAUUAUUCCAAAGUUUUUGUGCAGUUACGUCGCACAUCCAUAUAUAUGUGCUUCGUGAUUGCUGUGUAUGCAUCUGCAUUGUGACAAUGUAAAAAAUCUUCCCAUCAGAGCUGAGCUGAGUCCAUGCC